AUGGCUGAGAAGAUCCUGGUGACCGGCGGAGCUGGCUACAUCGGCAGUCAUUGUGUGCUGGAGCUGGUGGAGGCUGGCUAUGUCCCUGUGGUCAUAGAUAACUUUCACAAUGCCAUCCGAGGGGCAGACGCACUCCCCGAGAGCCUCCAGCGUGUGCAGCAGAUCGUGCGCCAGCCCAUCCUCUUCCAGGAGCUGGAUAUCACUGAUGAGGCAGCGCUGCAGGAGCUCUUCAGUAAGCACCGUUUCUCAGCCGUGAUGCACUUCGCGGGGCUGAAGGCAGUGGGGGAAUCUGUGCAGAAGCCCUUGGAGUACUACAGGGUGAACCUCACCGGGACCAUCCGGCUGCUGGAGACCAUGAAAGCCCACGGCGUGAGGAACAUCGUGUUCAGCAGCUCUGCCACUGUCUACGGAGACCCCAAGUACCUGCCCCUGGAUGAGAACCACCCUGUUGGAGGCUGCACCAACCCCUACGGCAAAUCCAAGUACUUCAUCGAGGAGAUGAUUCAAGAUCUCUGCAAAGCAGAAAGGGACUGGAAUGCCGUUCUCCUGCGCUAUUUCAACCCCAUCGGUGCCCACGAGUCAGGCAUGAUCGGAGAAGAUCCUCAGGGGAUCCCAAACAACCUCAUGCCCUACGUGGCACAGGUGGCAGUGGGGCGCCGGGAAUUCCUGAGCGUGUUCGGGAACGACUACAGGACGGACGAUGGAACGGGCGUCAGGGAUUACAUCCAUGUAGUGGAUUUAGCCAAGGGCCAUAUCACUGCUUUGAAGAAGCUCAGGCUGGGGGGCGGUCAGCCCUGCCAGGGCUGUGGGAUCUACAAUCUGGGCACAGGCACCGGCUACUCUGUCCUGCAGAUGGUCCGGGCCAUGGAGAAAGCCUCAGGGAGGGAGAUCAAGUACAAGAUCACGGGCCGGCGGGAAGGAGACUGGCCCCCCUGCUACGCCAACCCGGCGCUGGCCGAGCGCGAGCUGGGCUGGAAAGCUGCCUUUGGCCUGGACAAAAUGU